AUGGCCAAAGAUAUUACCCUCAAAAUAGACAAACAGUUGGAUGUUUUAAAAGAUCAAGUGAAAGACAACAUCAAGACGGAGGAAAAGCGCGGCGCAGAUCUUGGAAAUCUGGAAAAAAGAUCCAGUAAUUUAAUGAAAACCUCGAUAGCAUUCAAGAAACAAGCGGAAAAAACCAAAUAUCAGAUGAUGUGGGAGCUGUAUAAAUGGUAUAUGAUUGCUGGUAUAUUGGUUUUAAUUUUGCUGCUGCCAAUCAUAAAAAUCUUCAUUUGAUGGACAUUCCAUCAUGUUGAACAUCGAAUGUGCAGGACAAAAACUUGAACUUGGAAGUUGCAGUAUUUUAGUGCAAAUAUGUUUUAUACGAUAUGACGCCUUCGUAUGUAGCAGGAACAAUGUUUUUUAUCUGUUUAUAAAGCUAUAUCAAGACUGGAUGUAAAGUCUAAGCAUCUCCUCGCUCAAUAAACCCUGAAAAAAAAGUCAUACCGAUCAUACGAAACUUUCUUUUUUGCCUAAAGGCAACUUUUGUUCAUUAAAAGCGGUUUAUUUGUCACCUCACAAUAUACUUUGAAC